CCCGUGCGCAUUUGAGCCCGUACAGCCGCCGUAGCACCCCCAGUGUCAUAGAGAGCCGGGGCGCCCGAGAGCGAGAGACCAUCUCUAUGGUCGCCGGGGAGAUGCGGUCGGUCAGUUAUGUGCAGCGGGUGGCGCUCGAGUUCAGCGGGAGCCUCUUCCCCCACGCCAUCUGCCUGGGAGACGCCGAUAACGAUACGCUGAACGAGUUAGUGGUGGGGGACACCAACGGGAAACUCUGCGUGUACAAGAAUGACGAUAGCAAGCCCUGGACCGUGCGCUUCUGCCAAGGAAUGCUCACCUGCGUUGGUGUUGGGGACGUGUGCAAUAGAGGAAAGAAUCUGGUUGUUGCCGUGAGUGCCGAGGGCUGGUUUCAUCUCUUUGACCUGACUCCUCCACCCUCAAAGCAUCCAGAUGCCUCUGGCCACCACGAACCCCCACUAGCAGAUGAGCAGAAGCUGGUGUUCAAGCAGCACAUUCCCGCCAACACCAAGGUCAUGCUGAUCAACGACAUUGAUGGAGAUGGGAAGUUCGAGCUAGUGGUGGGUUACACGGACCGUGUGGUGCGAGCCUUCCGCUGGGAGGACCUGUCUGAGAGCUCCGACCACAUCUCCGGCCAGCUGGUGCUGCUGAAGAAGUGGCUGCUGGAGGGGCAGGUGGACAGCCUCUCUGUGAACCCGGGCCCUGAUGGUGUCCCCGAGAUGAUGGUGUCCCAGCCAGGCUGUGGCUAUGCUAUCCUGCUGUGCACCUGGAAGCCGGACCAGCAGCCCCUAGCAGAGAGCGGAGACAGCUCUGCAACCAGCAGGGAGGCCCCCGUUCGGGAUGUUAUCCUUCACCAGACAUCUGGCAGGAUUCAUAACAAAAACGUUUCCACUCACCUAAUUGGCAGCAUUGGCCGAGCCUCCUACUGCACUAGACACCCAGACAAAACAGCAUUGUGCCAGGCUGGGAGAACCAGAAAGCAGUACUGUCUGAAAGGUUGCACUAAAGCGGAUGCUGGCUCGGGCCUCUUUGCCCUCUGCACUCUGGACGGAACAUUGAAGCUCAUGGAGGGGGCGGAUAAGCUGCUGUGGUCCGUGCAGGUUGAUCACCAGCUCUUUGCUCUGGAAAAAUUGGAUGUUACUGGCAAUGGGCAUGAAGAGGUGAUUGCCUGUGCCUGGGAUGGCCAGACAUACAUCAUCGACCACAAUCGGACUGUGGCCAGAUUCCAAGUGGACGAGAACGUCAGCGCGUUCUGUGCUGGCCUCUAUGCAUGCAAAGGAGGCCACAACAGCCCCUGCCUGGUUUACGUCAGUUUCAACCAGAAGAUCUACAUCUACUGGGAUGUGCAGCUGGAGAGAAUGGAAUCCACCAACCUGCUGAAGAUACUAGAGACCAACCCAGAAUACAGGGACCUUCUGCAGCAGCUGGGCGUGGAUGGAGAUGAUGUCUCGGCUAUCAAAGAUCUGAUUCACAAGACCCUGUACUUCCCAGAAAAGCAGCCACAGAACAGCCCUUGCCAGCAUCGGGGCCCUGCUGGAGCAGACUCCUCCAGUCACCCCACCGUUGCCCAAGACUCGUAACACUGAAAAGCUGUCUCAGCCACAGAAUGCUCACUGAAUGGGGUGUACAUGAAACACUGGCACACCCUCCCCCUCCCAGGAUGGGGGGGAACCUUAUGUUAAGGAAGGAAAUGGGAUAAAGCAGGAGGUGAAAAAGUGUGUUCUAAAGGCAUCUGCCUUCACAUAUAUUAUACCAAACUGUGGCACAGGGGAGAUGGUGCUGAAUCCUGCCUCCUGACUGGCUAGUAGGGUGCACAAUGCUAUCCUUAUGAUGUGUCAUGUAUACUACAAUAAAGACCAAUGACUGUGAAGAUUGCAACAGGCUGGCAGCAUUUGGCUGAAACAUUCCAUCCCAUUAAUAGGUGUUGAUGUUGCUGGGAAAGGAUUAAAUGGGUUCUGCUGAUUAACUGAGGCAGAUAGCUCAUUGCUCCAUCCAGAUAAAAGGGAAAUGGGAGUGGCUUUCUAGGAACAGAGGAUCUAGGGUGUGGGCUGAGCCAUCCUGAAAGAGGGACCCUAGGAGCAGCCAAGCCUCUGAAAGAGGCUUGAGCUGCACUUUAUGUAAUGUUAUGAUUAAUUGCUUUAUUAAUAAAACCAAACUCCAGGAAGGAGUGAGCUUUUGCCAUUACACACGGUAUGGGUUUUGUUUUAGAGCAUGGUGGAAAGGCAGUUGCUUAGAAAGUUAACUAUUCACUAAUGUCCACCAGAUCAGUGAUGUUUCUAAGGACUGGAUUGUUUCCUAACUGUCUCAUGAACUCAUUAUAAACCAGAGGAUAAUUCCUGCCCUAGAGGAACCCCUAAUGAUAACACAGUCUGGGUGAAAGAGCAGGUGAUGACUACGAGCAGACCUGGGUUUCGAGCCCUUCCUCAUAGUUAUUUAUGUAAGGGGAUUGUUGCCCCCUUACUAAUAUUCAGUGGGGGUGUUUUAGU